GUAGUUCUUGUUUACUUGCUCAUGGGGAUUCCGCUGAAAUCGGCGCAUACUUCGUGUUUGAAUAUUUUCUCUAAAUUUACACAUUUCUUGUUUAUUUAGAUUCUUUUUAUUUAUUCGAACCGAUCACAGGGACUAUGCCUACUAUUGAAAACGAGAAUCCGGAGACGGAGGAGGAAGAAAUGGAGCAGGAUUCGCCUGAGUUGAACAGCUCUGAUGACGAGUCGGAUGGCGAAGGCUCGGCGGCGGAAAGCAGCGAUAUUGAGUUGGUAGAUGAAGAAGAAUGCUCACGCAGAAGAAAUGAAUGCUUAGAUGAUAUGAUUGAACUUGAAAGACAAUUUUCAGACAUUCGUGAACAGCUAUACAAGGAAAGAUUAAACCAGAUAGAGUCAAAGCUUGAAGAAUUGCAUGCUGGGAGAGCAGUAGAGUAUCUAGAGCCGCUAAGACAGUUACAGGAACAGAUGCAUGUUCGCACACAAGUAGCAGGAAUUUUGAGAGAGCUGCGUAUCAAAGCCUGUCAGACCAAACAUGAAAGUGAAGAAUUAGCGGCUAAUCAGCACAUGAGGAGUGAAAAGAUGUUGUUGUUUGACUCUAUCAAAUCUGAAUUAGAAGAGAAAAUAAGAAGGUUAGAGGAAGAUAGACACAAUAUAGAUAUUUCAUCAGAUUUAUGGAAUGAAAGUCAGUCACAAAAGAAGAAUAAAAGAAAAACAGAUCCUUUCAACCCAGAUCGUCGACGGAAACCUGUCACGGUGACUGGACCUUAUCUUGUAUAUAUGUUGAAAGAUGUAGAUAUUAUAGACGACUGGACGGCUAUUAAAAAGGCUUUAAAACAACAGCAGCAACAGCAACAUUUACAAAAGAGAAGACCAGAAUAUAAACAGACAAUACAAGUGAGAUGAGAGGAAGCAAAAGGUGCUAUAGAUGUCAUUGUGUUCUCUGUGUGUAAUGAAUGAUACGUGUGUCAAGGUGUACAAGACAUUUCCAUGAAAUGACAGACAAGAGUUGUAGGCAAUGACAAACCUACAUAACUACUAUAAAAAAAAUAUUGUGAGAUUAUGCAACGCUCACAGUGAAUGCAGUGUGUUAUAGGAAUGUAAGAUUACUUGGGAUACAUUCUGGAUUUAGAAAUGCAAUGAUAAUGGUCUUGAUUGGACUGUUAUAGAUUGAAAACUGACAAGUUUUUAAAAUAUCUUGAUAUGUCAUGGUGUAGAACUUUAUAUGACAUCUGGGAGACUUGUGUGAAGGGACCUGGAAGUUUGGUCGGUAGAGCUCCAGGUUAGUAUUCAGACAGAGGCCCUGGGUUCAAGUCUCGAACUUGCUGCACUCUUUGUAACCCUGUGACAUGUCACCUGGUCGUAAUGGAAAAAUAACUAAAGGAGAAACUACCAGCACGUCAUUAUUUCUGUUUUAAUUGUAACCAUAUUCCGUUAUUAAACGUGACAGCCCUCUAUUGCAAUUUUUAGCUCCACUAUUCGGAGAAUAGGGAGGCUGUUCUACUUGCCCCGGCGUAGGCGUGACCUUUCUUGGUUCAAGUUUUUCGGCAACCUUUGUUUUUCAGUCAUAUCCGUGUUACUAUUGCUUAUAUCUUACUGUAACUUCACAUAAGCAUUGUCCAGUAUACAAACAAAGUGUAGGGGCUGGACCCAUUAUACCCAAGGUCAAGGUCACCAAAGUGUUAUACUUAGGUUAUUUUUAAGGUUUAAGUUUUUCGGCAACCUUUGUUUUUCUGUCAUAUCUUUGUUACUAUUGCUGAUAUCAUACUGUAACUUCACAUAAACAUUGUCCAGUAUACAAACAAAGUGUAGGGGCUGGACCCAUUAUACCCAGGGUCAAGGUCACCAAGGUGUUAUACUGAGUGAGGUUAUUUUUAAGGUUAAAGUUUUUCAGCAACCUUUGUUUUUCUGUCAAAUCUUUGUUACUGUUGGUUAUAUCUUACUGUAAGUUCACAAAAACAUUGUUCAGCAUACAAACAAAGUAUGUGCAGGGGCUGGGCCCAUUAUACCCAAGGUCAAGGUCACAAAGUUGUUAUACUUGGAAUUAUUUUUAUGUUAAAUUUUUUUUAAAGCUUCGUUUAUAGACACAUCUUUGGUACUUCAAAAGAUAAUGACUUAAAAUUAAAAAUAUUUCUUUAUAAUCAUCAUCUGCAUGUGUGGUUACAAACCCCAUAACUCUGAUUGUAUUUUUGACAGAAUUAUGCCCCUUCUGUACUUAGCUUUUUUGCAAUCUUCAUUUUCUGGAUAUAACUUUAAUGCAAUACAAGAUAAAAGACUUGAAACUUAAAAUGUAUCUUUAUCAUCAUCAUCAUCUGCAUGUGUGGUAACAAUCCCCAUAACUCUGAUUUGUAUUUUUGACCAAAUUGUGCCCCUUUCGUACUCAAUUUUUUUUUUAACAAACUUCGUUUUCUGGACAUAACUUUGGUACUAUAUAAGAUAAUGACUUGAAACUCAAAAUAUAUCUUUACCAUCAUCUUCUGCAUGUGUGGUAACAAUCCUAAUAACUCUAAUUUGUGUUCUUGACAGAAUUAUGCCCCUUGGUGUAUCUUCCUUUUAAAGUAGAGGUCUCUUAUUGAGACAUAUAUUCAUUUUACUGUCAAAUCGCCGAAAAGUGGAGCGCGCUGUCUUACGGACAGCUCUUGUUUUUUGGGGGAUGGGCCCUUGGCCGUCAGUGUGUCCAUCCAAAUUCGUGUUGUGUGUAUUUCAAGAAGUAUUUGAUCCAUAGAUAUCAAACCUCACAUGAUUGUUAUUCAGCACAUGAAGUUGUGCACCUGAUGUUUUAAUUGGGAUCUCACACAGCCAGACCAGAGUAAUGGCCCUUGACUUAGUAAAAAAUAUGGAUAAGGACUAAAGUGUGAGUCUUGUGUAUCUCAAAAAGGAUUUGAUCUAGGAUUAUGAAAUAUUACUGGAAUAUUCUUCAGUUGUGCACCCGUGUAUUCUUUUGAGAUUUCAUUCACCCAGACCAGAGUUAUGGCCCUUGACAGAAAUAGGCAUAAAACAGCAUUUAAAAGUUUGUGUCACACAUAUCUUAAAACGUAUUUGACCUAGGGUCAAGAAACGUAAUGGGAAUAUUAUUCAGCAUUGAAGUUGUGAACCUGGAAUUUUGUUUGGAUUCCUGUCUAAUAGGCUCUGAACAUUUGGUCUGCUAUAACACUGUGAUUCCAGCAGGUGUAAAAAUUUUGAUUCCAUAUCUUUUAUUUUUAUUCUGAUGUAAACAAAAUGUGAAAACCAAAAUUCUUUGUCCUGUUUGAUGCCCUAUUACCUGUACUGUUGAGCCGUGAAGUCGAAAUCAACUCGGAUCAACUUGUUAUGAAGGGAACAAUGAAAAUAAUGAACACAAUGCAUUUUGUUAAAAAAAAAUUAAUUUAUGCAAAAGAUGAAAUGUUCAAGAGGUAUAAUUAUUAAUUAUUUAUAAAAUGUAUCAGUACAAAGUAUUUGUUAAUGUUUUACAUCAUGUACAUAAAAUUGUAAAUAUAAUUAUGAAACAUU